UCAUGAAAUAAAAAUCCCGAUCAUUCUCCGUGGAUGUAAGCCUCACACACCAUGAGGAAGAACCAUGUUAAACAAAACGUCCAUUUAUUUAUGUCAAAUUUUACAUGGUAUCAGAGCCCUAAGUUCUAGGUGUUUCCGUGUCAUUCGUCAAUCAUGGACGACGUAAAAGAUGACAAGAACAAGUCAGUCGAUUCCUCUUCGUCUGGCAGCACGGACGAUGGUCUUUCGUCCGUUCUUCAACUCCACAACAAUGACAUCCCUGGAAAUAUGCUAGUCGGCGAGAUCCUGACGACCUCGAAUUACGACGACUGGGUCAUCGACAUGAAGGACACGCUGGUUGCUAAAAAAAAGUACUGUUUUGUCGACGGAAGUCUCCCAAAACCUAAGUACCCCAUCGAGAUGAACGCGGGGCUCAGAUGCGACGCAAUGGUGAAAGGAUAGUUAAAAACUUUCAUGGACAAACAAAUUCAUAGUAGCAUCAGAUUUUCCGAACACGCCGCUAAGAUUUGGACUGAUCUUCGCGAGCGCUUUGGCCAAGGGAGCUCGUCUCGAGCUUAUGAACUGCGGAGACUUAUCAGUCUUCUGCACCAAGAAAAGAAACUGGUGUCUACCUUCUACACAAAGCUUCGUUCAAACUUGGAAGAAGCAUCGGCGGUCGCCCCUCUUCCAAUAUGUACAUGAGGCUUGUGCACUUGUGGAUAGGGGCAGACCUAAGGCAAGGGCGGGUGUGUCGGACAAUUUUGUGAAGGACCUAUAUAUUUUUGGUAAAAAUCUUUUUAGAUCAGGACUUCUGACAACCCUUCGAUAAUUAUAGGCGACACACCUUCAUUAGACUGAAAUAAUUUUAUAAUUUAAAUGAAUCAAUCUUAAAAUU